UAUUAGCUAGGAUAGAGAUGAAACUAGAAAGAACUAAGGAAAUCAAGGCAGAGGUGAUCAUGGGGACGGAGAGCACCCCAGAGAAGGUGAAGCUGCUACUAGGGGUGCUGGUGCUGCAAUGCUGCUUGGCAGGGUUCCAUGUGGUGACCCGGGCAGCUCUCAACAUGGGCAUCAGCAAGAUAGUCUUCACCGUCUACCGCAACUCCAUCGCCUUGGCUCUUCUCGCGCCUUUUGCCUAUAUGCUCGAGAAGAAGAAUAGACCACCCCUGACCUUCUCUUUGCUGGUCCAGUUCUUCUUUCUUGCCUUCUGUGGAAUUACCUGCAACCAGGGAUUUUAUCUUCUUGGUUUGCACUACCUCUCCCCAACAUAUGCUUCUGCUAUCCAAAAUACUGUCCCUGCGAUCACCUUUGUGCUUGCUGCUUGCCUAAGGCUUGAACAAGUAAAUAUCAACAAAAGAUAUGGGAUGGCGAAAGUGAUCGGCACAGUAGUAAGCAUAGGAGGAGCCACCAUCAUCACCCUCUACAAGGGAAUGCCACUGAUGAACUUAAAGUUAUCUCAUAUGUUGGGAGGCAGCUUUGCUUCUCCAAAUCAUGUACUGAAUUGGACAGUGGGCUGUCUCUUCCUCCUCGGCAAUUGCUUUGCCUGGUCUGGAUGGAUGGUACUUCAGGCCCCGGUUUUGAAGAGAUACCCAGCCAGGUUGUCAGUGCUUGCCCUCACGCUGGUAUUUGGGCUGGUCCAACUCUUGGCUAUAGCAGCAUUCUGUGAGAAUGACAGCGAGAAGUGGAAGCUGCACUCCGGAGGAGAGCUCUUCACAAUCCUCUACGCUGGUCUAGUGGCUUCAGGAGUUGCAUUAUCUCUUCAGAUCUGGUGCAUUGACAGGGGUGGUGCUCUCUUCACAGCCAUCUUCCAGCCAGUACAAACCGUCAUGGUGGCUAUCAUGUCUGCUGUCAUUCUUGGAGAUGAACUAUAUACAGGAGGGAUCAUAGGAGCUGUCCUCAUAGUUAUUGGGCUUUACUUUGUCUUGUGGGGUAAAAACGAGGAGAAGAGAAGCAGUAAUAACCAAGGAAAUGAAUCAGACUUGUCAAGGCAUCUCCUUCGCGACGGGUCCUCUCCACAAGCGAAAUCAGUGACAAAUGAGAUUCCAUAAGACCAGCAGCUGGCACUACUAUUGUAAUUACAUCAUGCUUAUAUGAAAGGUGCAUCUAAAAAGAAAUAUGAAAUAUGCAACGUCAUGCAAGUCUGUAUAGGUACCAGUGUUAGUUAGGAACGUUUGUAUUUCUUUGGUUUGGCCUUUUUUUUGUUCCUCAGAUUGCAAUCAAGGAGUGUAUUGUGACAAAAAAAAAUUCAUCAGUCCAUCCUUCUCAAUAGGGAGUGAUGAGGUUGGUAAUG